GGCCUACUUCGGGACGUCCAGCAGUUCGCUUGCGCCUAGCUUUGGCGCGGGCUGGGAGGCGUUGAGAUUCGCUGUCAAGAUGUUGCGCGUGGUAAGCUGGAACAUCAAUGGGAUCCGGAGACCCCUGCAAGGGGUAUACGAAGAGCCCAGCAACUGUACUGCCAUGGCCGUGGGGCGCGUUUUGGACAAGCUGGAUGCCGACAUUGUCUGUCUCCAGGAGACCAAAGUGACCAGAGAUGUACUGACAGAGCCCCUGGCUAUCAUUGAGGGCUAUAACUCCUAUUUCAGCUUCAGCCGGAACCGUAGUGGCUAUUCGGGUGUAGCCACCUUCUGUAAGGACAACGCUACCCCAGUGGCUGCUGAAGAAGGCCUGAGUGGCCUACUUGCCACUCAGAAUGGGGACGUGGGCUGCUAUGGAAACAUGGAUGAGUUUACCCAAGAAGAGCUUCGGACUCUGGAUAGUGAGGGCCGGGCCCUCCUCACACAGCACAAGAUCCGCACGUGGGAAGGGAAGGAGAAGACCUUGACCCUAAUCAACGUGUACUGCCCCCACGCGGACCCUGGGAAGCCUGAGCGGCUGGCCUUUAAGAUGCGCUUCUAUCGCUUGCUGCAGAUCCGAGCAGAAGCCCUCCUGGCAGCUGGCAGCCAUGUGAUCAUUCUGGGUGACCUGAAUACAGCCCACCGCCCCAUUGACCACUGGGAUGCAGUCAACCUGGAAUGCUUUGAAGAGGACCCAGGGCGCAAAUGGAUGGAUGGCUUGCUCAGUAACCUGGGGUGCCAGGCUGAGUCCCAUGUAGGGCCCUUCAUUGAUAGCUUUCGGUGCUUCCAGCCAAAGCAGGAGGGUGCCUUCACCUGCUGGUCGGUAGUCACUGGCGCCCGCCAUCUGAACUAUGGCUCCCGGCUUGACUAUGUGCUGGGGGACAGGACCCUGGUCAUAGACACCUUCCAGGCCUCCUUCCUGCUACCUGAGGUGAUGGGCUCUGACCACUGCCCUGUGGGUGCAGUCUUGAGUGUGUCCUCUGUGCCCGCAAAACAGUGCCCGGCUCUAUGCACCCGCUUCCUCCCUGAGUUUGCAGGCACCCAGCUCAAGAUUCUUCGCUUCCUAGUUCGUCUCAAACAAGAUUCUGUGUUCAGGCAGUCAGCGCUGCAGCUCAGCAAUCAAACCCAGGUGCAGAUGCGCCAAAACAAAGCCUGUGUGCGCUCAACCAGGCCUCGGCCAAGUCAGGCUGGCUCCAGCAGAGGCCAAAAAAACCUGACAAGCUACUUCCGGCCAUCGUCCAGCCAUCCCCAAGCUUCUCCCGACUUGGAGCUUCCUAGCCUGGGCACCCUCCUGACCACAAAGACCCAAGAAGGGGAGGUGAUGGCCAAAGUGGCGGAGGAGCAGGCCAAGGCUUCAGAGGCCAAGGAUGAUAAGGAGGUACGGACCUCGUUCUGGAAGUCUGUGCUGGGGGGCCCAUUGCCCAUGCCCCUCUGCGGGGGCCACAGGGAGCCAUGUGUGAUGCGAACUGUGAAAAAGCCAGGACCCAAUUUGGGCCGCCACUUCUACAUGUGUGCCAGGCCCCGUGGUCCUCCCACUGACCCCUCCUCCCGCUGCAACUUCUUCCUCUGGAGCAGGCCCAGCUAAACCAACCCAGGCCUAGGGAUGUCUGGCUUGGUCAGCCCUGUACAUGAUCCAAGGCCAGCUCCCUCCUAUGCUGGCUCUUUCUCCUCCAAGGUCUCCUUCCCCUCCUCCUCCUCCACUUCGUCCUCCUCCACCUUCCUCAAGGACCCCUCCCUUUCCUCUUUUUCUUCCUCCUCUAAGGCCUGUCUUCCUCUCUCUUCUUCCUGCCUAGCUCUUCCUCAUUGGUGAGCUUCUUGUGCCUUAAUGCUGGGACCCAGACCCCCAUCCCACUUCCCACAUUCCUGUCAGAAGUACACAGGAACCAGUUUCCCCAGGAAUUUGUGAUUUCAAACCUCUUCCUUCCUUGCUGGGAAAUUUAUCUGUGCCCAAAUAAAGUUUGUGUCUUUGUUUUAGUG